AGACGAGCCGGGCGGGGGGUUCUGACCCGGCCCCGGGAGGCGGCGCAGCGGGCACGUCCAGCCCCGGGGAGGGGGCAGGGAGCGGGCUUCACGGAGCCCCCUGCGGUUUGGGGGAGGCCAUAACCUGGCUGGGGGGGAUGUGGAGGGGGUAUGGCUGAGCGCCGACCCGGCCCCACAGGAGCAAGGGGGCUUGACCCAGUCCUGCAGGGGAGAAGGGAGUGUGAUUUGGCCCCAACCAGGGGGAAAGGGACCCAGUCUGGCCCUAGCCUGGCUCCUGGGUGGAAGAGGAUGUGGCCUGGCUCCAACCCGGCCGUGGGACCUGGGGUUUGGGAAUUUGGCAGGGCGGCCAUAUGAACGGCCACCACUCCCUUGCUGCCAAAUUUCCCAACCCAUGGGGAGCCCACAGGCCAGAUUCAAUUGCUCUGCAGGCUGCAUUUGGCCCACGGGGUGGAGGUUGAGCAGUUAUUACUUAUUCACUUGCCCCCUUCACUUAUUUAAAGUUUGGGGACGUAAUUAAUAUUUGUUAAGUUCAAGUCUGGCUUGAAGCUUUUUUUAUAUACCUACAUACAGGCAUCCCGCAUCUUAUGCGGGGGUUACGUUCUAAAAGUGCGUAAAGGCGAAUAUCGCGUGUAGUGAAAUCGCAUGUUACCGUGCCAGCGGUGACUGCCUCUGCCUCCAAAACCUCCCGCUGCUGCCACGGAGCUGUGCUUAGAGCUGUGAGGCAGCGGCGCAGCGUGGGGUGGUGGUGGGGAUGGCUGCGUGCUGCCCAGCCACCAACAUGCCCGGUGGCUGGCCACAUAGCUCCGGGCAUGGCUCCAUGGCGGCGGCGGGAGGUUUUGGAGGGGGGGGCGGCCCCCCCUGGCAGCGUGGUAGUGACGGAGCCUCCAGGUCAGCGGCAGCGCUGUGUGCAGACUCUAGGCCCCCCCCCCGCAUAUAGUUGAAUUUGCGCAAGUUAAAUGUGCGUAAGAUGUGGGAUGCCUGUAUAUGUUUGUAUAUGUAUAAAGUAAUGCAGUCUCCUAAAAUUAAGAGAGCAUGAAAGCGAUUGAGAAUUAGCGUUAUAACGUUACAAAAACAUUUGAUAGAAAAUUCUGCUUGGUGUGACACAUGUAUGAUAACCAAUUGCAUAUAGUAACUUUUCUAUAUUAUUUUGUAUGCAAAUAUGUAUCUCAAGUGAUCCAAAUGGAGCAUGGAUGUUGUACUAAGCAAGUUUGAGAAGCCUGGGUUUACAGUUGCUAUGGUUCAAAGACAUUUUUAACUCCCAACAAAUGUCAUACCUUUUAGACUGCCUAGUGCUUUUAAGGAAGUUUAAGGACCUAAGUAACAUGUUGAAAGAUAAGUAAACAGUUUCAGUACCCAGCUUCUUGCAAAGAUGAUGAUAGUUUACUUCCUGGGGGGAAAAUGCCCUUCACGCAGGAAUCAAUUUAUAAGCUGUAUGGUUAUAGACUCAAUAAAGCUUAUGAAUUAAGUAGUCAGAUGUUUUCCAAAGAACUGGUAUCCAAAUACUGUCAACAGAGGUAAAAGAAAUGCAUGUAGAAUUAGGUUCUGUUCCUGUUUUUUAUUUAGAUAAGUGACACGGGUAUGAUUUCAGUGGAUGCUUGGUGGGACAUCAACUACGGGACUUGGUGGAAUAUCAACCAUAAGAGCUAAAAACAUCUCUUGUAACCAAAAUGCAAAAUUUUCCUGUUUACACAAUCUGCUAAGAUAAUUUUUUCCCUGUGAAAUGAAGGAGUUUGAACUCAUUAUAGGCAGCCCUUAACUUGGAGGAAGAAUUCUGCCACAAGAAGACAAAAAAAAUUAAGUCUUUGAAAAUAAACAAGCACCAAUAACUUAAAUGUAUUUGACUAUGUAUUUCAGAUGUGUAUUUCUAGGAUUCAAAAGCAAUACAAUAUAGGGUGUACAUUUGCCAGCUAGGAUGUACGUCAAGUUGUUCAAGACUUAAAGUGAAUCUAGUUUCAUAAGCAGCUUAUGGCACAGAACUGGGACAUAAAAUUCAAGAUCCUGAGGUACCUAAAGAAUCUUCUCGGUUGCAAAGAUGUUGGAGGAGGACAUGGAGGUGGCCAUCAAGGUGGUGGUAGUAGGAAAUGGAGCAGUUGGGAAAUCCAGUAUGAUUCAAAGAUAUUGCAAAGGAAUUUUUACAAAAGACUACAAGAAAACCAUUGGAGUAGAUUUCUUGGAGAGACAAAUUCAAGUUAAUGAUGAAGAUGUGAGGCUGAUGUUGUGGGACACAGCAGGUCAAGAGGAGUUUGAUGCUAUAACAAAGGCCUAUUAUAGAGGAGCCCAGGCUUGUGUUCUUGUGUUCUCGACCACUGAUAGAGAGUCUUUUGAAGCAAUCCCCAUCUGGAAGGAAAAAGUGGUGACUGAAGUUGGAGACAUCCCCACAGUGCUUGUACAAAAUAAGAUUGAUCUUCUGGAUGAUUCUUGUAUAAAGAAUGAAGAGGCAGAGGCAUUGGCAAAAAAGUUAAAGUUAAGAUUCUACCGAGCAUCAGUGAAAGAGGAUCUAAAUGUAACUGAAGUUUUUAAAUAUUUGGCUGAAAAAUAUCUUCAGAGGCUCAAACAACAAACAACUGAAGAUCCAGAACUAGUACAUACAAGCAGUAACAAAAUUGGUGUUUUUAACACAGCUGGCGGAAGUCACUCUGGCCAGAAUACUAGCACACUUAAUGGUGGAGAUGUCAUCAACCUUAGACCAAACAAACAGAGGACGAAGAAAAACCGAAGUCCUUUUAGCAACUGCAGCAUACCUUAGAACCACUGUGGAUGAGGAAAAGAAUGACAGUUCAUGGGAUGAAGCUGUGCAAUUAAAUAAGGAAUACAGCCAGCUAUAGUGGUUUUUUAUCAGUGAACUUUGCACCUACAGGAUCCUUGAUAGAUGGUGGAUUUAAAUAAAUUGUGGUUGCAAUGUUUCUUCAGUAAGUCGAGUGAGACCCCUGGUGGCAAAAAAAUAGAACCAUUGUUGCCCCUGUGCACCUCUUUAAAUUAGAUAAGCUUUUCCUGUUUGAAGGAAUGAUGUACAAAGCUAUGUGAUAGGUGUUGCUGAAUUAUAAAGCACACUAAAAUAUAAACAUAAUGCUUACAAGUAUUGGUACAGACCGUAAUAUUGUGGCCCAAGGUAAAGUAGCUUCUUUCCAACUAAAUUUACCAGCACAUUUGUUAGAAGACUGUUGAUUAACCAGUACCCUUAAAAAUAAAAUGAGGUGCAAGGAGGAGAUAUGCUUCCUAUGUCAGACUAUACCGAUAGGGUUUUGGCAGUUUUUUUUCUGUGCAAUAUAAUUGUAUAAUGUAUGAAUGUUAACUAAGGUGUGCAUAUAGGUACAAAAUGUUUGAGCUAAACAGAGGGGAAACAGUAUCUGAUGAGUUGUAGGGGACCAGGUAAUUUUCUUAACGAGCACCCUUAAAACUAACUUUCGGUUCUUUUAUAAAUGUGCAUUUCAAAUGAGGCUUUCCAAAGUAGUACUGUUUAGAUUUAACACACUAUACUUUGGGCCUGAAAGCUUCAAUUAAAAAAAAUGUGUGGUGCCAAAACAUUUUUUCUUCUUAACUGAUGCUGUACUACAGAUAUUUUGGUAAAGUUUUUGUUUUUCUUAGUCUUAGCUGGAUAAACAGCAAGGGUCUCUGAUUCUCACAUAUUCAGUCGGAAGCCCUUAAAUAAUUUCACUUGUGCUUCAGUUCAGAAAUAGAUUGCUGGCAGCAUCAGCUCUGAGACUUGUUGAACUUGAGGAACAGUUUCAAUAAAAUACUAGGCUCUAGUAAGAAAUUUAGAUCCAGCAAAUUGGAGCUGAUCAUUAAAUCCAAUUAAUAGACUCAGAUUUAUAUUGCUGAUUAAAUCUAAUAUGUAAGAUCAGGGGUAAGGGAUAACAUUUUCAGAAGUGUUUAAGUCCCAUAUUUCAGAAGUCAUUUAGACAUGUAGGAGCCUAAAUCUAAUGGGAAGUUAAUGGUAGUUAAGCUCCUAAAUCAUUGAGGUGCUUUAAUAAAAAGUUACACAUGAUAGCUUUUAUUUACCAAAAACAUACAUUUUCCAUUCUCCAAGAGCAUGCAUUUUUUUUUUAAAUAUCCAUUUUGUUUACAUGUUUUUGUAUGGUAUUGUAUCAUUUUAAUCUUUAGGAUUUCUCUAACAAAGGUCUGUCAGCAGUAAAUGCAAAUAUUCUACUUUAAGAAAUUUGGAAUUGUAAUAGUUUCUAAAUAGCUGUAGUAGAGUGCAAAUGACUUGGCCUUCUUUAUUUUGGAGGAUGAAUAUUUCAUUCUAUGAAUUCAUAUAAAUUUAAAAUGUUUAAUUUUAAGAUCUUGAGCAUGAGAGCUGACGUACUUUUGUCCUACCAUAUGUGGGCAAGAGAAGUGUGUAAGUGGGAGGGUGAUAAUUUUUCAUAAACACUAAAUUAGAACGUUUCUGUUGUAUAUUAACAUAUUGACUUCCUAUGAAGUACCUGGAUUUUUUGGCAGGCUGUUAUGGCAUCUCCCAUUGCUGGCAAUGAGAUGUGCAUCAAGGUACUCAAUCCUCUCUGCUAUUGCAACAAAAGUGUUUCACCACAGCAUUUCUUACAUACCCUGUUCAAUAAAGGCCUUUAUUUUUAACAAGUG